AUGGCGGCCUCCGACAAGAAGGCGAAGAUUGAACGGCAGCAGCGCAAGCGUGCAUCUGCAGCGAUACAGACAUUCCUGAGUGACGCGCCUUGUUCCGUCACUACAAGGACGUCGGUCGUGUGUGCAGCCCAGCCGUUUUCCAGUCGAGUGGACGUGAGCGAUGGUCGCACGCUUCCCCCGCACGAGGAGGCGCCGCUUCUGCUGGGGCAACGGCAUGAGCUAACGGCACCGAAUGCCUCUGUGGCGUGUCUGCCCGAUGCCGACCGAGGACCGUCAGAGAUGCCGCGAGGGCCCACGAAAAACGAGCUCGCUGCCGUGGCAGCCGAUGCACGGCAGCAGCUCGGACAGCCGAGCUACGUCGCCCUCACAGCCCGGCAAGUCGCGGCGGCGCAGCGCUGGCAGCAGUCGCACAACUACGAUCACAUUGUGAAGGACCUGCAUGAGCGACUAGGUGUGGUGAAGCCCACGCCGCACGGAACGCGAGAGGUAAACAACGCGCUUGCGAAGCCGCUGGAGGUGGCUGCGGACGUGAUAGACAAGGUCAUGGCGCUGCGGCAGGCCGCGAUGGCGGAAAUGGUCGCGCGGCUGCGUCGCAUGCUUUCGGAGGCCAACAUCACCGGCGCUCCCAUCAUCCCCGCGGCCUCCCUCGGCGCCUCCGGCAGCCCAUGUCCGUCAUGUCAAUACUGCAUCGAGCUGACGUCCGAGGAGACCAUCAAGGAGUACCUGGUCGCUGCGCUGCAGGUGCUCUUGUCGGAGCGGGUGGUAGCACCCAUGGCCGGCCGAUGCGGACCUACAUCCGUGAUGAGCAGCGCCCUCUCCGGAAAUGCGACGACGCUGGACUCCUUCCGGGCCCACCCAAGUCGCGCACACAAAAGACCGGCGGAGGCAGGAGCCCCAUCGCGGUACUCGGUGCCGCAGUGCUUCCGUGUAGAGCUGGUCCCGUUUGCCUUACACAAGGUGUCUAUUCACGUCUCGGUGCACAGAAACCUUGCUGAGCACUUCUUCCAGGCGCACGCACGGCAGCAGGAGCACCUCCGCUCCCUGCUCAUCGAUCCACCGUUUCCGCAGGCGUAUGCCGAGUGGACGGACGCGCACCGGCAGCGACUGCUGCACCGCGUUCUCGGCGACCUCCUGCACGGUGGCGCCACCCCGGUCGUCCCGGCGGACCUCGAGACGAUCGCGCGCUUCCCCGCCCACGACAGCGCCACUCGUGACGCGCUGUGGUGCUCUGUCUGGUCCGCGUGCUCUCUGACGGGGUGGCUGACCAUUUCCGAGGACGCCGUCGCCAGUUACCUCGGCGAGGAGGUCAUGUUCUACUACGCCUGGAUGAACCACUACGCGCGGUGGCUGUUGGGGGCGGGUCUGCUGGGGGUGCUGGUGUCUAUGCUGAGCUCCCUGCGUCCGGCGCCCGACACCGCCGCCGCGGCGGUGCUCGUGCCGGCUGCCUCCUCCUCCUCAAUCACUCUCCGCCGCACCGUGCAGCACUGCCUAGACGUGGCUUUGCUGCCGCUCUUUAGCACGAUCAUGAUCAUUGGCAGCGUACUGUGCAUCAAGAUGUGGGAACGGCGCUGCAGUGCGCUGUGCAUGCGGUACCACCUGUUUCAGCACGAGAGAAAGGACGAGCUGCGUCACGACUUUUGCGGCACGCCGGGGGCGGACCCCGUGACCGGGGGGCCGCAGUUGUGCUACCCGGCGUGGUAUCGGUUGACUGCCGCACAAUCACUCACCUGGGGCAUUGUCGCCCUCUUCAUGGGCGGCACGCUGGGGCUUAUGGUGUGCUCGCUCAACCUCGACGGGAUGGUCACCGACCCGGCGAGUCGUCUGGCCAUACCGUUUCUGCGGCGCCUCGCGGUGGAUGGCGGCCUGCUGGAUAAGACGGCGCACCCCAUCGCGGCGAUACUCCCGCCGCUCGCAUACUCCGUGUGCAUUGGCGCGCUGAGCUUCAUCUUCACUGACUUGGCCAAGUACCUGACGCGCAUGGAGAACAACCGCUACCGCGGCGAGUACAUGCGCUCCCUGACGCUGAAACGAGCUGCUUUCGAGUUUGUGAACUCGUACGGCAAGUUGUUCUUCAUCGCCUUUGGGCGCUGCCGCGUCGCGGAGCUGUCUGCCCACCUUCGGUCGAUGUUCUACGUUGCCGUUCUAAGUCGGAUGAUGAGCCACACCGUCAUUCCGUUUGCUGUGACGCAUCGCCGCCGCGUGGUGUGCCGCCUUUUCCGCGCCAGCGGCGGCGAUGCCUCGUCAACGCCGUCUGGGGCGUCGCCGUCCGCCCCCGCAUCCCUGCGGCGCAGCGCGCACGGCGGCAGCAGCGACUCGCCGCUGGACGAGGCGGAUGAGAUGCUGGACCUCUACGACAUCCACAUGGACUUCAUUGAGAUGCUGAUCCAGUUCGGGUACAUCCUGCUCUUUGCCACCGCCUACCCGCUCGCGUCCUUCGUGGCGCUGCUGUCGAACAUCAUCGAGGUUCGCUCCCACCUGUUCAAGAUGUGCUACGUCAUGCGCCGACCGGUGCCGCGGCUGGGGGUGCAGCAGAACGCGACGUGGUGCGGCAUCAUGCGCGGCUGUGUCAUCGUCGCCGUCAUCACGAACACGUUUCUGCUAGCCAUCACUUCCCACCAGACGGUGCGGUGGUUCCCCGAGUACUUCGCUGCGACCGGCACGCUAGGCAAGCAACGCACCAGUGGCAGGGUGGAGCUGAGGAGCGGCGGCAGCGCGGCCGCGGCAGCAGCCGCAAACCUGAAUCGCGGCGUGAGCCUUGCUGUGGCAGGGCUGGAGAGAGUGCCGAACAAGGGGCGCUUCGUCGUCUUUUACUGCGUGGUGAUGGAGUACGUGAUGUGCCUGAUCGCCGUCUUCCUGCUCUGGCGCAUCCCUUCGACACCGCGUGAGGUGCGCAACUACAAAACGCGCAAACUCUACGAACGUGCGUCACUGCAGUAG